CUUGGCUUAAAGGGUCAGAAAGUUGUUAUUUCUUUGCAUUUCAUAACUCGUCAAUAUGACCUGACCCGUGGGCAAUGACCUGGUGAAAAUGGAUUGCAGAAUGAGACUAGUUAGAAAUGAUCAACCAUCUGGAAAGAUGUAUAGGAUGCGUUCUUUCUUUCUUUCUUUCUUUCCAGAAAGCCUUCAACCAGAGCAUGAUUGAAGGUUUCUGCUUGAACGCACUCCAAUCGAAAUGUGGCGGCAUUAGUCAUUCUGCAACAUGCACGCUGGCUUUUCUGGAGAAUGCGUUCGCAAAUCCAUGUAUUUUAUUGGAGGAGCGCAUUGGGAAGUUGUACGCAAUUUGGAGUAAUAUCAGUGUGAAAACGGAAUCAAAUAUCAAGUGUUGCGUAUACAACAGCUUUAUUGUUGUGGCGAAUGCAUCCGAUAUUCCUAACCUCUCCCAGACCAAACUCACACCUUUACGAAGCUUACGUUGUUCAGAGGGGAAAAGCUCGGGCGCUAGUUUGGAGAUUUGAGGUUUGAAUCUCAGCUGUGGCCUCCCUGUGCCUACGGGAGUUUCCUCCAGCUAGGCUAAUUGAAGACUAAAUUGUCCGUAGGUGCGAAUGCUCGCCCGACUAUACGUGCUCUUGGAUCGACUGGCAACCAGUCGAGGGUGCGCCUGGACUCUCGGCCGGGUUAGGCUCCGGCUCCCCCGUGACCCCAAUGCGGACAUGGGUGUCGGGAAGCUUGGAUUUCCUGCGGUCCGAUAAAAGGGGCUAUAUACAGAAGCUUCAGAAUCGCCAUUGAGUCUCAGAUAAUGUGUGGAGUCUAGACUACGGUUUAUGAAUGGACUUUUGUCCAUACAGUGUACUUUACAUUCCAUUAGAUGAUGUCUUAAUGUUUAAUGUUGUAAUGAAAUGUUGUUAAGUGCUCCUUAACCCUCGCACUCCCUUCGAAUACAUGAUCCUGGCUACGAUCAUCGCCAACUGCAUCGUCUUGGCCCUGGAGCAACAUCUACCGGCCAGCGACAAGACGCCCAUGUCAGAGCGCCUGGACGACACAGAGCCCUACUUUAUUGGAAUAUUCUGUUUUGAGGCAGCCAUUAAGAUCAUCGCCCUGGGCUUUGCAUUCCACAAAGGCUCCUACCUCCGUAACGGAUGGAAUGUGAUGGACUUCGUGGUCGUUCUCACCGGGAUCCUGGCAAAAGUGGGCUCCGACUUCGACCUGCGAACACUGCGGGCUGUGAGAGUGCUGCGACCCCUCAAACUAGUGUCAGGGAUCCCCAGCCUUCAAGUGGUGUUGAAGUCUAUAAUGAAAGCCAUGGUGCCCCUGCUUCAGAUCGGCCUGCUGCUUUUCUUUGCCAUUGUCAUGUUUGCCAUCAUCGGUGUGGAGUUUUACAUGGGCAAAUUCCACGCCACCUGCUUCAACAUUGACACCGGUGAAAAAGCAGCAGAAUGGCCUUGCGGUUUGGAGCCCCCAGCCAGGUUGUGUCCAAAUGGGACCCAGUGCAGAGAAUACUGGACCGGACCCAACUUUGGCAUUACCAACUUCGACAACAUCCUAUUUGCCGUGCUUACGGUGUUCCAGUGCAUCACUAUGGAGGGCUGGGUGGACAUCCUCUACAGCACCAACGAUGUAGGAGGAAACACAUGGAAUUGGCUCUACUUCAUACCUCUCAUCAUCAUUGGCUCUUUCUUCAUGCUUAACUUGGUGCUUGGUGUCCUAUCUGGGGAGUUUGCCAAAGAGAGAGAGCGUGUGGAGAAGAGGCAGGAGUUCCUGAAGCUUCGACGGCAGCAACAAAUUGAGAGAGAGCUCACCGGAUACCUAGAAUGGAUCUGCAAAGCCGAGGAGGUGUUGCUGGAAGAGGAAGAUGAGAUUGCAGAGGAGAAGUCACCGCUGGAUGGUGCGUGGUACAAGAGGAAACAAAAUCUGCCAGUCCUGAAACGAAGCAAAAACAAGAAGGGUAAAAAUGACCUGAUCGGUGCUGAGGAAGGGGAAGAUCCAUUUGUGGACAUCUCCUCUGUUGCUCCCCCCGGUUCUCCUUUUGGUCGGGCCAGUGUGAAAAGCAGCACUAAGAUGGACAGCUCUUCUUACUUUCGUCGUAAGGAGAAGAGGAUUCGUUUCUUUAUCCGGCGGAUGGUAAAAGCACAGAGCUUCUACUGGAUCGUUCUGUGUCUGGUGGGCCUGAACACUCUGUGUGUGGCCAUAGUCCACUAUGAUCAACCGGAGUGGCUUACAACAGCCCUAUACACAACAGAAUUUGUAUUCCUGGGUUUGUUUCUCACGGAGAUGACCUUGAAGAUGUAUGGCCUUGGACCAAGGAAUUAUUUCCACUCCUCCUUUAAUUGCUUUGAUUUUGGGGUUAUUGUGGGAAGUAUUUUUGAGGUUGUCUGGGACAUGAUCAAACCCGGAGCAUCAUUUGGUAUCAGCGUGCUGAGAGCCCUAAGACUGCUAAGGAUCUUCAAAGUCACUAAGUACUGGAACUCCCUGAGGAACCUUGUGGUUUCCCUCCUUAAUUCCAUGAAGUCAAUCAUCAGUUUGCUUUUCCUCCUUUUCCUGUUCAUCGUUGUCUUCGCUCUGCUGGGCAUGCAGCUCUUUGGAGGACAAUUUAACUUUGAGGAUGAAACGCCAACAACAAACUUCGAUACCUUCCCAGCAGCCAUCCUCACUGUGUUUCAGAUUUUAACUGGGGAGGACUGGAACGCUGUGAUGUACCAUGGCAUCGAGUCACAAGGAGGUGUCCGCCGUGGGAUGUUCUCUUCCGUCUACUUCAUUGUCCUUACACUUUUUGGAAACUACACCCUACUGAAUGUGUUCUUGGCCAUCGCUGUUGAUAAUCUUGCAAACGCGCAGGAGCUAACUAAGGAUGAAGAAGAACAGGAGGAGGCAGCCAAUAAGAAGCUUGCUCUGCAGAAGGCUUUGGAGGUGAAGGAAGUCAGUCCCAUGUCAGCAGCCAACAUCUCAAUAGCUGCUUUUGUAAAGCAAAAUCGAGAUGCGCUCUCUCGCAGGUCGUCCAUCAACAGCAUUCAGUCACUCAAGGAACAGCAACGAGCGGCCAAGACCAUGUCAGUAUGGGAGCAGAGGACCAACCAACUGAGGAGACACAACAUGAGAGGGAGCAGCGAGGCUUUGUUUAACGAGCUUGACCCAGAGGAGCGCCUACGACUGUCCUCCGUUCUCAAUCUCCAUCCCGACAUGAAGACUCACCUGGACAGGCCCCUUGUGGUGGAGUCCAAGAAUAGCGACCUUCCUAACAGACCUCCUGAGGAAGGGCAGCAAGACGGCACAGGAGACAACUUCCAUUCGCACACCAGGAAGCACCACCGCCAUCGGGACAGGAACGGCGAGGGCAGGGAUGGAGGUGAUGGCCGCGCAACGAGGCAUCACACCCAUCACAGCCGGAGCAAAGAUCACAAUAGCAACGGGGCUCAGACUAAAGAGAGGAGAGGGGAGAGUAGCCACAGUCGAGAUGAGGGGCAGAGACGCAGGCGGCAUCAUCACACAGGCUCCCCUGAAGAGGAGCUCUCUGAUGUACGAGGGGCAGGAGAAGAAAGAGGGCAUCGCCAUCACCGCUCACAUCGUACACCGAAAGAGGGAAAUGGGACGUUAGCGAAUGGUGCCCAUGGAGAGCGCAGGGGCCGGGGAAGAGGAGGGGAAAGUAACGGAGAAAGAAAAGGACGUUGCUCUCGAAUGGUCGGAGCGCAGUCGACUCUGGAUGGAGAUGAAAGCAAAAAGUGCAAGAAAGUUCCUAGGGAGAUGCAGUCUGAUGGUGAGGAAGAGGGUCUUGCCACCAGUCCACUGAGUCUUGGAGACAGGGAAGAGGACGCCGACAACCAAAAGAAUUCCACAAGAGCCAGCCAGGCCGGCCUUGACAGCAACACCAUUCACAUCCCUGUCACCAUAACUGCCCCACCUGGAGAGACCACCAUUAUUCCCAUGAACAACAUUGACUCCGGCAACUUCGGAGUCAACGAGGAAAAGAAAGCUCUGGAAGAGGACGAUGCUGUCAGUCGGCCUCGGCAGAUCCUCCCCUAUAGUUCCAUGUUCAUCUUUGGACAAACAAACCCGGUGCGGCGGCUGUGUCACUACGUGGUCAACCUACGCUACUUUGAAAUGUGCAUCCUGAUGGUCAUUACCAUGAGCAGCAUUGCCCUGGCAGCUGAGGAUCCUGUGCAGUCAAAUGCACCGCGUAACAAUGUCCUCAAGUAUCUGGAUUACGUCUUCACUGGAGUGUUUACUUUUGAGAUGGUGAUUAAGAUGAUUGACUUAGGACUGCUCCUGCACCCCGGCUCCUAUUUUCGUGACCUAUGGAACAUUCUUGACUUCAUUGUGGUCAGUGGCGCUCUUGUGGCAUUCGCCUGCUCGGGGACAAAAGGCAAGGACAUCAACACCAUUAAGUCCCUGAGGGUCCUCAGAGUCUUGCGGCCGCUCAAAACCAUUAAACGUCUGCCCAAACUUAAGGCUGUGUUCGACUGUGUUGUGAACUCCCUGAAGAAUGUUCUCAACAUCCUCAUCGUCUACAUCCUCUUCAUGUUCAUCUUUGCGGUUAUAGCUGUGCAGCUUUUUAAAGGCAAAUUCUUCUACUGCACUGAUGAGUCUAAAGGUCUCGAGAAAGACUGCAGGGGUCAAUUUCUGGACUAUGACAAAGUGGAACGCGGACGUGACGUAGAAGCUCAGCCCAGAGAGUGGAAGAAAUAUGAGUUCCACUACGAUAACGUUCUUUGGGCCUUCUUAACACUAUUCACCGUCUCCACAGGAGAGGGCUGGCCUCUGGUUCUGAAGCACUCAGUGGAUGCCACGUAUGAGGACCAGGGCCCCAGCCCGGGCUUCCGCAUGGAGACAUCCAUCUUCUAUGUGGUGUACUUUGUGGUGUUCCCUUUCUUCUUCGUCAACAUAUUUGUGGCUUUGAUUAUCAUCACCUUCCAGGAGCAGGGAGACAAAGCCAUGUCUGAGUGUAGCCUGGAAAAGAAUGAGAGGGCUUGCAUUGACUUCGCCAUAAAUGCUAAGCCGCUGACAAGAUACAUGCCGGAGAACAAGCAAUCCUUCCAGUAUAAGAUGUGGAAAUUUGUGGUGUCGCCUCCAUUCGAAUAUGCUAUUAUGACUUUAAUUGCCCUCAACACUGUGGUGUUGAUGAUGAAGUUUUAUGGAGCACCAGACCUAUACGAGUCCAUGCUGAAAUACUUGAACAUCGUCUUCACUGCACUCUUCACUCUGGAGUGCAUCCUUAAGAUUAUUGCCUUUGGUCCACUGAAUUACCUGAAAGCAGCCUGGAACGUGUUCGACUUUGUGACAGUGCUGGGAAGCAUAACAGACAUCCUGGUGACAGAGAUUAAGGACAAGAUGAUUAACCUGAGCUUCCUUCGGCUGUUCAGAGCGGCUCGGCUCAUCAAACUGCUACGACAGGGCUACACCAUUCGCAUUUUGUUGUGGACGUUCGUUCAGUCGUUCAAGGCCCUGCCAUAUGUUUGCCUGCUCAUUGCAAUGCUCUUCUUCAUCUAUGCCAUCAUCGGAAUGCAGGUAUUCGGUAACAUCGAGCUGAAUGAGGAGACUGCGAUAAAUCACCACAACAACUUCCAGACCUUUUUCCAGGCUUUAACACUUCUCUUCAGGAGUGCCACAGGUGAAGCGUGGCAUGAGAUCAUGCUUUCGUGUCUCAGUAAUCGGUCAUGUGACCAACUCUCAGGAACUACAGGGAAGGAGUGCGGAAGUGACUUUGCGUACUUCUACUUUGUCUCCUUCAUUUUCCUCUGCUCCUUCUUGAUGCUAAAUCUAUUUGUUGCUGUCAUCAUGGACAACUUUGAGUAUCUGACCAGGGAUGCUUCCAUCUUGGGUCCUCAUCACCUCGAUGAGUUCAUCCGUGUAUGGGCAGAGUAUGACCCUGCUGCGUGCGGAAGGAUAUGCUAUCAAGAUAUGUAUAAAUUGUUGCGUUUGAUCUCGCCUCCCCUGGGUCUGGGGAAGAAGUGCCCAAACAGGGUGGCCUAUAAGCGUUUGGUCAGGAUGAACAUGCCUAUUGCCGAUGACAACACAGUGCAUUUCACCUCCACACUAAUGGCCCUGAUCCGCACGGCCCUUGAGAUCAAGCUGGCAUCCGGAGUCUUGGCGCAACAUCUAUGUGAUAUUGACCUGAAAAGAGAAUUAAACAGAGUUUGGCCCAGCUUGUCGCAGAAGACUGUUGACCUGCUGGUGACACCGCAUAAAUACAAUGAGCUGACCGUGGGGAAAGUGUAUGCAGCUCUCAUGAUCUUUGACUACUAUAAGCAGAAUCGUGCCAAGAGACUCCAGCAGCAGCAUCCUUCAGGGGGAGUUCAGAGUAAACUGGGGGCGUUGUUUCGUCCUAUUCUUCCCCUUGGUCAUAUCAAGGAAGUAGAGCCCCCGAUACCCAGUCCGAAAAAGCUGUUGCCUCUACACCCUGAGUCAGAAGCAAAGACGUCACCUCUUCCGCCUGUCACAACCGCUGCCAGCGCCUCCGUAAACAAGGACACAGUUUUUGACCAGAAGAGUUCCAUAAAACAUUCCCAAUCUGGAGAUGUUUGUCAGGCGGCGCUGAGACCCAAAGGGCGCAGGAAACUACAGAGAGGCCAGUCAGAAGAUGUGCAGUGUUCCCUAAGGCCGCAGGUUUCCAGACAGACACUCACAAAAAAAGCCCCACCGCCAAAAACCCAACGAAGCAAUGAAGAGCCUGCUCUUGUCACGCAUGCUUCAUUGUGGUUUCAGGAAGUGGUUGAAAUGAAGCCGCUCGGAAACAUCUCAGACGCAGAGAUACGCCCCGCCCUGGAAGACCACGGCAGAGCAGCUUCUUUGCCGCGACUCAAUGCAGAGUACUACCGGAGCCACCCUCGCCACGCCCCUGGGACCCACCUGGCACCAAUUGUUGACCUCAGUCCCAUAAGACGCUCAGCUUCCUCGCUGACCCCACAGCACAACCAGGAGGUCGUUCUUAAGGACUACAACCCGAUACGACCGGGGCAGCAUCAAUCACCGGCAGGGUCCGGACCGGCCCAAGGCCAGGACCGAGUCCAUCACCAUCAUCACCACCACCGCUGCCACAGACGCAGGGACAAGGACAAAGACAAAAAGCAGAAAUCCCUGGAUAGAGCCACAUCAGUGAAGCCGCCGAGUACUGUUGACUCAUUCACAGACCCCUCAGCUGAAGGCAUGUCUAGAGAACGAGCUAGGGAGCGAGAUCGCAGUCGCCCGCACGAGAGAAGGCAUCACUCCUCUGCAGGGGAGAAGCAACGCUACUACUCCUGUGAGCGUUAUGGCUCCAGGGAGACAAGCCAUGCCAAGUCAGCCGGUCCGAGCCGAUCCACAUCUCCAGGAGAGGGACAAGACACUGUUGUCCUUAGACAACAUGGUAGCACUGGGGGUAAACCCGCCCCCUCUGGUUCAAGCACACCAGGUCGUGGUCGCAGGCAGCUUCCCCAAACACCCCUGACUCCUCGUCCUGCCGUUGCCUACAAGACUGCAAACUCCUCCCCUCUCUCUUCUGCUGCCAGCGCCACUAUAGCUGGACAGCACACUCGUGUCAGCCGUGGCCUUUCAGAACACGAGCGCUUGCAUGGGGACAAUGACCGCUCCCCGAUACCGGUCACCUGCAUUGGUUCUGACCCAAAUUUAGACCGGCAACAGCAGGGAACUUCUCAACAAGCGUUUAUUGAAGAAACGGAGGACUUCCAGGAUGCUGUUAGCAGCCAAGUAUUGUCACACUCUGCCCGAGCCGGUGCCUCCGCAACCACCUCAUCUUCCCACGGUACUGCUGCUGCUGUGCCCGUCACAGCAGCAGCCACACAAGGGCGUGCAGAUAUGGUACCUAACGGGUACCACUUCACCUUUGGGGGAAACUCUGUAUCAAACAGCAGAGGAACAGGAAGCCUCAGGGAGAGAGAGGAUGAGGACUGGUGCUAGCACGCAAGGAUACUACAGAGGUUUUUUCCGAUGCACUGUUGAAGGAGCAACUUGGCCGUGUUGCUUAUGUCAGAUCGCGUGAGCUGGUCAAAGGGGAAAGUGCUGUCAAAGGGUUGUGUUGCAGUGUUACACAAAAAGCUGUCGAAGGAAGCAGAAUGCUGACUUUUUUUUUUGUACCCCUUUUCAAACCCUUGCACCAAAAUGCUUUUGAAGACCCUUCAGUAUUUUGCCUUGGCCAGUGUUGUUGAAGACCGAAACCCAAAAUCUUGAAGUACUAUGUUUUAGACUCGUCCGAACGCCUCACUCUUGAGCUACUUGGAUGCUUUAUUUUGUCUUGACAUGCAGGUCAGGGGUUUCGAUGUAACAUGCUCGCACCGAAACAUCUGACUGAAGGGUCAUCAUUGACCAAGAUGAUUUUCUGUCGGUCUUGGAACUUUUCUGAUUCACGCAAAGAUCAACAAGUGUCACUUUGAGGCAAAAGAAACAAACACGAGCCAUUUUCAUGGUCAAACUUGGUUCAAAUUGGGGGGUGCACACAGGGACAAGGACAACAAUUUUACUGCAACAUGUGGCCGAAUACUAAGUGCCUCAUUUUACAAGAUGUGAGUAGGAGUCUGGCUUCUUGAGUGGGCGGUCUGUGUUGAACACACAGUCAAGCAUGUAAGUCUGUACACAGCUGAGAGAAACGGGACAACAUAAAGCUGUUUCAAUCUGUCGGAAUGGUCUAAAAAUAAUAAUAAUCAAAUACAAAAAAUAAAGUAAAAAAAAAACUAAAAAUAACAUUUUUAUAUGCUGAGUCUUGUAGUUGGUGAAUCCAAAUUAAAGAUCCAAAGUCACCAAUGUAGUGCAUGCCGAGGUCUUGAACAUGUCCAAAAAUUGUGUCUGUACUUUAUUUAAGGGUGCGUGCGAAGCAUUUGCCUUUUUCUUAAAACACACUGCCAGUCCACUGGUAAGCAACAGAUGGUCUCUCAAAGGACAAAAGUGCCAUUUUUGAAAUAUCAAACUAGAACUCACGUCAGAAACGUGGAAAUGUCCUCCAACAGAAGGGAUGAUACUGAAGUGUGCGCAUGCUUUUUUGUGUGUGUUCUGGCUCUAAGAAAAAAACUGUUUGAUUUGUUGUUUUAGUCAUCAUCCUUUUCGUAAUACUUCUCUAUCAUGCCCACAGGAUGGACAAAAGAGAGGAAUACAGAAAUACAACUAAACAAUUGUGCUUUAAAGUCACAUAGUAUUGAAAUAUCUAAAGCAGGGGUGACCAACAUGGUGCCCACAGACACCAUGAGUAGUUCGGAGGCCUGUUCUAAGAAUACCUCACCCACGAUUUGCUAGGAGUGUUGUAGAAGUGAUCAUUCGUUUGCAGAGAUUUAUAGAAAUCCAUUGUUGCAUAUCGAUAUUGAUCUGUUUCCUACCUUGUUAAAUCCUUCUUGAUAAUUGUGAAAAAUCAUUAACAUGUCAUUUCAGAAGUGUGUAUCACACUGGCAGCCAUUCACAUUAAUCAGUAUCCAAGAAGUAGCUUUCAGUUUCGAAAAGACCCCUGAUCUGGUGAAAUGACCACUUUUUAAGAACUGAUGAACUAAAUAUACCAAAGACUACUUUAAAAAUGGAAUACAUUAAAUUGAGCUUUUUCACACAUCGACCUUAAUUCAGUACUAUUUAAAAGCCUUGCGCUGCGGCGACCCCUAAAGGGACAAGCCGAAAGGAAAAGAAGAAAGCGUUCCUCUCCCUCCUAUGUGAAGUGGAUGUUCUUCAGGCGCUGGCGUGGGUUUUCCCGGGAUACUUGGGCUUCCACCCCAAUUCCAAAAACACGCAUCUUAGUUUAAUUGAAGACAACGAGUGACUGGUGACCAGACCGGGCUGUUCUCCACCUCUCACCCAAAGUCAGUUGGGAUAGGCUCCAGCUCACCCGCAAGCCUAAGGAGGGACAAGUGCUAUAUAAAAUGGAUGGAUUGCUGAAUUAUUAGGCUUCACUCCGUUUGUAUCCCACAGGUCGACAACAUUUUCUUUUUGUGAUCUGGAUUUGCAUCGCCACUAUUCCAUUGAUUUUGUGAUUGAGGGCAUCUGUGGCCCACCUCUGUGCAUUCCUGAUGAUAUUAUUUUUGCCACAUAAACUCUUAAAUCUG